AAACACAAUCUCUAUAUCACAUCCGCUAAUUUUGGCGGCACCAAAACCGCUCUCAACACCUCCACCCUACCUUUUAGCGCCAUAAUCGUCUCUCUCUACUCUAGAUUGCCUCAAUCUCUAAAAUUUUCAGCAGUUAAAAAUAAUUAUCAUCAAACUUCUCAAUUUUUUCUUCACUUCUUUUCCUACUAAUAUAUCAAUUUCUAUCUCAAUUUCUUCAGUUGAUUUUCUUUUCUUCAUGUAAACAAAAAACCCAGAAAAACCCAUAAAUCAUCUAAAAUGGAGGGUUCUUCAAACUCUCAACCUUCAACUUCUAUAUCUAAUCUUCUUUGUGAUGAAGAUAAAUCUUGCUUAAAUGAAGCAGAUGAACACAAACUCGGUACUUACUCACUCAAUUCUCAACUCGUUCCGUACUAUCAUGACUCAGUCAAUCAAGAUUAUGAUUUUCUUCAAAUGUUGCUUCAAAAAGAGAGAAUUUCUGUAUUAAAUCCAUCUUUUAGUUCAUCAAUUUACCCAUCUUGGUUGAAGAACUCUCGCUCUCUUGCAAUCAACUGGAUUCUCAAUACCCAGAAAACUUUUGGAUUCCAGAAUCAUACUGUUUACUUAUCAGUUAUAUACUUGGACCGAUUCUUAUCAACAAGGUUCAUUGAUGAACGUCAAUCAUGGGCAGUGAGAUUAGUAUCAGUAGCAUGUUUAUCAGUGGCUGCAAAAAUGGAAGAAAGUAAAGUACCAGCAUUAUCAGAAUAUAAAGUGGAAAAUUAUGUGUUUGUUUGUGAUGUGAUCCAACAUAUGGAACUUAUUGUUUUGAGUGCUUUAGAGUGGAAGAUGAGUUUAAAUACUCCUUUUCUUUACUUAAAUUACUUCAUCAAAGAAUUGGGUGAUCAAGAAACUAAACCAGAUGAUUUGAUUUCUAGAGGAUCAGAGUUAGUUAUGGCCUUGAUUAGAGAGUGUAAUAAAAUGGAGGAGUAUCGACCAUUUGUGGUUGCUGCAGCAGCAGUAAUGGCAGCUUUUGAUUGGCAAUUAACCCGAGAAGCAUUGAAAAUCAGAAUUAGUUCUGUGUCAUUGUGGGAAGUUUCAGACAAUCAGCUGAAGCAGCAACAGGAGGAGCAACUAAUUUCCUGUUACAGCUUAAUGCAGAGAUUAUGUGCUACUUCCAUGAAUAAUCCUAGUACACCAAACUUGACUGAAGUUGAUCAAACUGCCACUACUUCAAGAUUAGCAGGCACUAAGAGAAGUCUAACAUUCAGGGACAUUGACCCAAAUCCCGAUUUGGCAGAUGAUGAAGAUCACGAUUAAUCGAGUUUUUGUUGAUUAAUCAUUGGUUUAGGUAAAAGAGACAUUCAGUUGAUGAACGCUACUCGCAUUUUUUAUUUUUGUUCUUCUCUUUUUUCCAUUUUUAUAAAACAGAAAAAAGAGGAAGUUUUUUGAUUGUGGGGAAGCAAUUUCCUAUACCCAACAAACUAGCAUUUGGACCAUAAGGAUGAAGUAAAUAAAUAAGAGAGAGAGUAUAAAAGAUCCAGGUAAAAGAGGUUGACUGAAAGGCCAAAAUGCCAUUAAGGUUAAAGAUAGCAGCAAGAAGUGUAAAAGGGGGCCCAACUAUUUGUUCUUUAGUUCAUUCUUAGUACACUUCUUUCAUUUUUAUGCCUGAAUUUUAACCAUUUUUUUCUUCUUACAUGUUGUAGUAGUAUUUAUUUUGGUUCAUUUUCAUAAUGAGACUAUAUUGAUCAGACAAUUGUAUUCUAGCUAGUAUUGUUGUUUGAACAUUUACAUAAUUCUUUUUUACACUAUGAUAUGAAAUGAUUAGUACAA